AUGGUAGGCCCAAUGAGACCUCAGAUUGUGCUAUUUGGCUCCUCCAUAAUUCAGAUGAGCUACACUAAUGAUGGUUGGGGUGCUAUUCUUGCUAAUUUGUAUGCUAGAAAGGCGGACAUAAUUUUGAGAGGAUACUCAGGUUGGAAUUCAAGGCGUGCUUUGGAGGUUCUAGAUGAAAUUUUCCCCAAGGAUGCCCCUGUGCAACCAUCAUUGGUUAUCGUCUACUUUGGUGGUAAUGAUUCUAUUGAACCUCACCCAUCUGGCCUUGGCCCUCAUGUACCUCUCCAAGAAUAUGUUGAAAAUAUGAGGAAGAUUGCUAACCAUUUAAAGAGUCUCUCAGAUCAUAUUCGCCUUAUAUUUCUCACCUCACCUCCCAUCAAUGAGGAACAAAUCCGCAAAAAACUCAGUGCAACGCAGACAGGAAGAACAAAUGAAUGCUGUGGAAUAUAUGCAGAGGCUUUAAUGGAGCUAUGCCAAGAGAUGAAUAUCAAAGCCAUUAAUCUUUGGUAUGCAAUCCAAACAAGGGAUGAUUGGUUAGAUGUUAGCUUCACGGAUGGAGUUCAUCUAUCAGGUGAGGGAAGCAAAGUAGUAGUGAAGGAAAUAUUAAGGGUUCUAAGAGAAGCAGAUUGGAAGCCUAGUUUGCAUUGGAUGUCAGUGCCAACUGAAUAUGCAGAAGAUUCACCAUAUUAUCCUCCAAGUCAAGAUGGAACAACUACUAUAAAUGUGUCUUAUAGUAUCUCAAGGAAAAGUUUGCAGUGGGAUUUGUAA